CGUCGAGGGACGAGGCGUCGAGGCGAGGAGUGAGGGCCACGCCGCCACAGUCCAGGUCCAGACACCUUCCCUUACGGACGCUCCUGCACGCCCCACGCGCCCGACCACCGCCUGACCUCGAGCCCGCCAGCUGCCUCACUGAAGGAACAGGAGGAGGAGGGAACGAAGCGGGAAGGAAGAGAUAACGCAACAGAGGGAGAAAUAAAAUAGAGAGAGAGGGCGAAGCAGCGAGCAUUCACCAGAGAAGAGAGAAGGGCAACGAGGAUGGCGUGUACCCUAAAGUCUGUCGUUGUCUGUGGGGUCUUAUUGGCCAUUAUUGACAUUCUUCACGGUCUGGUCACGCUGGGCUUCUACGGCUACCAGUUCAUUGUAGAGUCCUUCUACCUGUGUCCCCUCAACCUGCCCGUCGAGAAGUGCCACAACAAGAUCUACAUCUACGAGCAGAUGUUCGAGAUGCGUGUGUACAUCGGCAUCGGAGAGGGCAUCGCCUGCGUCCUCUUCUCCAUCAUCUACAUCGUCGCAUUAGUCAAGCACAAACCUUCACUCACCUGGAUAUGGCUGAUGAAGUCGUUCGCGGUGGUGGCCAUCAACGUGUACUACCUGGCCGCCUGGCUCAUCCGGCAGGGUCGCUACGACCACAUCGAGUGGGAGAAGCAGGUGUACGAGGACCAGUUCAUCUUCACCGCUGAGGGCCUCACGCUCGCUCAGAUCAUCAUCAUGGUUCUCUUCUGCCUCAUCGGCGGCAUCUUCACUUACAAGGUGUGUGAGGAGAGGACCGCAAGCAGACGCAGCCUGCGACACCGCCGCAAGUGGGGGUCGCACGACGCCACGGCCCCGCCCCUCGACAACUACGACGAGGAGGAGACCCAGUACCUGAACGACGCCCUCACCAACAGCGACAAGACCCUGCCAGCGCGCGCAGCCUCCAGACAGUCACUCUCAGAGAUCAGUCGCGCAGACACCUUCAAGCACUCCACCGGGGUCUAAGACCUCGGCAUCGCAAUGGAUCUUCGCUUCGGUGUUUUGGAAAGGCGAUAUAUAUAUAUUUUUUCCCCCGCUAAUGGCUUAAGGGCAUGAGUGACCAUAAGCACACCAAUGUUUAGACUUAUUUUAAACAAUUAGUUCGUGUGCUUCGGUGUUUGGAUGGUGGCACUUUGUGGCCUUCGCCAAGCACAGGGCUUGACACACACCAUACGACACCCUCCGUGUGGGGGGGGGGGGAGGGGGCAGAUGUGAUCUACGAGACGGAGGAUGUGUGAGACACCGCCUCCGCUAGCAGGCAAGACAUAAGUAAUGGUUUCUAGACUUUUAUUUGUGACAAAUAAUAGAUCUAGUAGAUGGAUGUCCUUGCGUUCGGCGGCUGCUCCUCCUCCCUAAAAAAGAAUGCUUAUAUGCACAAAAAGAUUAUAUGCACAGGAAAACCUGCAUAUUUUUUUAGAGCAAUGAAGAAUCUUAUUAAUAUUUCUGUACCAUUCAAGCCGACCACUGCCGUCAACAGACAUCAGCUCAAACACUCGUGAAUCAACAUGUAAACAGUCUCGAAAAGCUUGAAAUUCCCACAGUUAUUAUAAGCUUAAAUGUUAGGUAUUAUUAUUUCGUGUAAAGAGCCACCAAGUCUGUGGCAACAUCGCUCAAGCUCUACGUUCCACCCACCGUUUUCUGUAACAAUGUAGAGGAACUGAUUUUUGUAAAUCAAUGAUUUUACUCCAGCGAGAGAGAGAAGAGACCCAUAGAGACCAGUGUAAGUCCGACACUGUGGUGACGCUAGCUGGGGUAGGUGCUUAAGGAAGUCCCCGGUACAGUAUGGUGUCAGUGGAACCAUUUUUUAGGGGCGAGCGUUCGAGGGUUCCAAGCCACCGUGACAAUACCUGAAGGGCAAACUUGCAUAAAAUAUAACUUUGGUGCAGGUUUAUAGAAUUGUGUGAUCUGGCACAUCAUGUGGUGUCCACUGGCACAUCAUGUGGUGUCCACUGGCACAUCAUGUGGUGUCCACUGGCACAUGAUGUGAUGUCCACUGGCACAGCAUGUGGUGUCCACUGGCACAUCAUGUGGUGUCCACUGGCACAUGAUGUGAUGUCCACUGGCACAGCAUGUGGUGUCCACUGGCACAUCAUGUGGUGUCCACUGGCACAUGAUGUGAUGUCCACUGGCACAGCAUGUGGUGCCCACUGGCACAGCAUGUGGUGUCCACUGGCACAGCAUGUGGUGUCCACUGGCACAUCAUGUGGUGUCCACUGACACAUCAUGUGAUGUCCACUGGCACAUGAUGUGGUGUCCACUGGCACAGCAUGUGGUGUCCACUGGCACAGCAUGUGGUGUCCACUGGCACAGCAUGUGGUGUCCACUGGCACAGCAUGUGGUGUCCACUGGCACAGCAUGUGGUGUCCACUGGCACAUCAUGUGGUGUCCACUGGCACAUGAUGUGGUGUCCACUGGCACAGCAUGUGGUGUCCACUGGCACAUCAUGUAGUGUCCACUGGCACAGCAUGUGGUGUCCACUGGCACAUGAUGUGGUGUCCACUGGCACAGCAUGUGGUGUCCACUGGCACAUCAUGUAGUGUCCACUGGCACAUGAUGUGGUGUCCACUGGCACAGCAUGUGGUGUCCACUGGCACAUCAUGUAGUGUCCACUGGCACAGCAUGUGGUGUCCACUGGCACAUGAUGUGGUGUCCACUGGCACAGCAUGUGGUGUCCACUGGCACAGCAUGUGGUGUCCACUGGCACAUGAUGUGGUGUCCACUGGCACAUGAUGUGAUGUCCACUGGCACAGCAUGUGGUGUCCACUGGCACAGCAUGUGGUGUCCACUGGCACAGCAUGUGGUGUCCACUGGCACAUGAUGUGGUGUCCACUGGCACAGCAUGUGGUGUCCACUGGCACAUCAUGUAGUGUCCACUGGCACAGCAUGUGGUGUCCACUGGCACAUGAUGUGGUGUCCACUGGCACAGCAUGUGGUGUCCACUGGCACAUCAUGUGGUGUCCACUGGCACAUGAUGUGGUGUCCACUGGCACAUGAUGUGGUGUCCACUGGCACAUGAUGUGGUGUCCACUGGCACAUGAUGUGGUGUCCACUGGCACAUGAUGUGGUGUCCACUGGCACAUGAUGUGGUGCCCACUGGCACAGCAUGUGGUGUCCACUGGCACAUGAUGUGGUGUCCACUGGCACAGCAUGUGGUGUCCACUGGCACAGCAUGUGGUGUCCACUGGCACAUGAUGUGGUGUCCACUGGCACAUGAUGUGGUGCCCACUGGCACAGCAUGUGGUGUCCACUGGCACAUGAUGUGGUGUCCACUGGCACAUCAUGUGGUGUCCACUGGCACAUCAUGUGGUGUCCACUGGCACAGCAUGUGGUGUCCACUGGCACAUCAUGUGGUGUCCACUGGCACAUCAUGUGGUGUCCACUGGCACAUGAUGUGGUGUCCACUGGCACAUGAUGUGGUGUACACUGGCACAUCAUGUGGUGUCCACUGGCACAGCAUGUGGUGUCCACUGGCACAUGAUGUGGUGUCCACUGGCACAGCAUGUGGUGUCCACUGGCACAGCAUGUGGUGUACACUGGCACAUGAUGUGGUGUCCACUGGCACAUGAUGUGGUGCCCACUGGCACAUGAUGUGGUGCCCACUGGCACAUGAUGUGGUGUCCACUGGCACAUGAUGUGGUGUCCACUGGCACAUGAUGUGGUGUCCACUGGCACAUGAUGUGGUGCCCACUGGCACAUGAUGUGGUGUCCACUGGCACAUGAUGUGGUGCCCACUGGCACAGCAUGUGGUGUCCACUGGCACAUGACGUGGUGUCCACUGGCACAGCAUGUGGUGUCCACUGGCACAGCAUGUGGUGUCCACUGGCACAUGAUGUGGUGUCCACUGGCACAUGAUGUGGUGCCCACUGGCACAGCAUGUGGUGUCCACUGGCACAUGAUGUGGUGUCCACUGGCACAUCAUGUGGUGUCCACUGGCACAUCAUGUGGUGUCCACUGGCACAGCAUGUGGUGUCCACUGGCACAUCAUGUGGUGUCCACUGGCACAUCAUGUGGUGUCCACUGGCACAUGAUGUGGUGUCCACUGGCACAUGAUGUGGUGUACACUGGCACAUCAUGUGGUGUCCACUGGCACAGCAUGUGGUGUCCACUGGCACAUGAUGUGGUGUCCACUGGCACAGCAUGUGGUGUCCACUGGCACAGCAUGUGGUGUACACUGGCACAUGAUGUGGUGUCCACUGGCACAUGAUGUGGUGCCCACUGGCACAUGAUGUGGUGCCCACUGGCACAUCAUGUGGUGUCCACUGGCACAGCAUGUGGUGUCCACUGGCACAUGAUGUGGUGUCCACUGGCACAUGAUGUGGUGCCCACUGGCACAUGAUGUGGUGCCCACUGGCACAUCAUGUGGUGUCCACUGGCACAGCAUGUGGUGUCCACUGGCACAUGAUGUGGUGUCCACUGGCACAUGAUGUGGUGCCCACUGGCACAUGAUGUGGUGUCCACUGGCACAUCAUGUGGUGUCCACUGGCACAGCAUGUGGUGUCCACUGGCACAUCAUGUGGUGUCCACUGGCACAGCAUGUGGUGUCCACUGGCACAGCAUGUGGUGUCCACUGGCACAUGAUGUGGUGCCCACUGGCACAGCAUGUGGUGUCCACUGGCACAUCAUGUGGUGUCCACUGGCACAUCAUGUGGUGUCCACUGGCACAUCAUGUGGUGUCCACUGGCACAUGAUGUGGUGUGCUGUGUUUCCUUAUAUCGACUCACUCCACCGGACACAGACGUAAUAUAAUGAGUCUCCACAGGUUCAGUGUUCGGAUUAUUACUAUAGUAACAACGGUUAUUUGUUGUUAUUUUUGUGUAAAAGUCCACUACGGGCUCACCAUUGACCGUGCUACUUGCAACUUUUGUUCCCAGGUGCUGAAUCUAAAACAACUACAACUACUUUGUUAUUUAAAGAAAAUUUAUCAGGUUGGGAUGAUAUCUAUAACUCAUUAAUUUGAUGUAUUUUAAUAGACUUUCUCCCUCACAAGACACACACACACACACACACACACACACACACACACACACACACACACACACACACACACACACACACACACACACACACACACACACACACACACACACACACACACACACACACACACAAUAAACACCGCUUGCAGGAAAUAGCUCUUUUUCACACAAAAUUUGAUAUACAAAUUGUUAGGCAUACAAAAUUGUUGCGUCUAAUCCAGACUCUCUCUCGAAUUUCACGAUGUUUCAACAUUUAACUGUUUUAUAUUUUAUUGUAUAAGUUUAAGUGUAUUGCUAAAGGUAAGUAGAGUUUUAUACAAAAUGCUAAGUGUAUUGAGUAAGGUCUGAGGUAUGCCAUGUAUAUAUAUAGAAUGUGUUCAUACUCACGACGCUGGAGAAAGUGGCCAUCUUGCAUCAUCAAUGAUCAUCACAUCAUCACCACGUCAUCUAUCACCAUCACCCCCAUCAUGUUCGCGUCACCACCACAUCACCAUCACCGCAUCACCAUCCUCUGCACCCCAUUAUGUACAUACUGUGAAUCGUGGUUUGUAAAACUUAAAGAAAUAAAGAUCCAUCUAGGAGA